AUGUCUGGCCACGGUCUCCUCUUGAGAUUGUUUCUUUCGCCGUCUUUCUUCUCUGUCCAUGUUGCUCUCCGCUACUUGAUGAUAUAUUCCGAUAAUAUCGGCAUCACUUACUACCUCACCCGCAGGCUCAGGGAAUUCACCAUCGAGGAGUUGAGCGAUGUAUGGGGCUUUGUCUGUCACCUUCUUGUCUCCCGACCCUCCAAGUCGCGAGCACUCGAAUGUUUCGUGUCCGAAAUUGUUGGCAAGUCAACUCACGUCGCUAUGCUUACGCUGUGGUUCAUGCAGUCUUCUCUGAGAGACCUCGAUGGCUCUCACAACAACGAAUCUUUCCUCAUUUGCCAGCGAGCACUGCUCAUGUGCCACGAACUCAUCUUCGGAGACCUACCCCCGCCGGCAACUACUCCCUACCCCAGCCUCUUAGCCGCCCCACGAUCUCUCUUUGCUCGCAAGAAAGUCAAGGCGCAUAUGCCUCCAGCUGUCGUUGGUAUUGGUCUUGUUCUUGCCGGUGCAUCCGGGUUGCCACAGUUGACAGAGACCAUGGGAGAGGUUGCUGUCGAACAGGGUCGCAUAGAUGACCAGGGCUCCGAGCUGAAGAGUCUUCAGCGAAACGACGAUGACUACGCCCAUAACAGCACCAGACGACCUUCUGAGCAGUCUACAGACGACGACGACGAGCCUACCACCCCUACAACUGACGAACAUGCAGGUGAUCAGACCAAGUCCUCAAAGAGUGCGACAUUCGAUGGGCCUCCCAACGGUCUGCCGGCACCCCUCUCUCGCCGACGUUCCUCAGGACCGUCACAGACUACACCCUCACUUCCCCUGCACGUGCGUAGGAAACCAAGGUUCUCAGACGACCCGCUUGGCCAACUGGAUGCGUCUGUUCCUGUUCCUGCUCCCGCCGCCUUCCAGUCCUCACCAGCGCUAUAUAUGGGCACGUCGAUGCGCCGAUCUACCUCCCUAAAUCCCACCGACGCCCUGCUAAGCAAGUACGACUUGCGGUCGCAGGUACAGCUUCUCAGGAGCCAUUUCUGUCGCUCAGAGAUCCAGUUUAUUCUGAACUUGGAGAACAUCUCGAACAGGCUCCUGGUGGUACCGAGACCUGCUCGUGUGAGUGCUCUCCGAGCAGAACUCACGGCCCUCAAUCACAAACUGCCCGCGGAGGUAUGCAUGCCUAUGUGGUGCACUUGUACCGACGCUAUUCAGACGCCACGCGUUAUUCCUGCGCCACACCAUCGAAUCGUUCGAAUACCUCCAGGCGAAUGCGUUGUGCUGAAUUCAGCCGAACGUGCACCAUACCUUCUGCUCAUCGAAGUACUCAACGGAGAUCUAGACUUCGACCCAGCCAAGCGGACUAACAAGGAUAUUUUACAAAAGAUCGUCACGAAGGAGAAUGAACGAAAAGGAGCCUCGCGAGAUCUCAUACCCUUUAGUGACAAUCGAAGAACACAGUCGAUGCCUACAAACGGAACCCCUGGUCCUCUUGGUCCCGAAACUCCGGAGCUCUCAGACGGCCCAUUCGUCCACUCUUCUGCGCCACAGAGUCCAGAUCAGUCACUUGUCAAAUUGGCCGACGACGAGGAGAUCGACCUGGUCGAACAACUGUAUGGUCCUGAGGAAUCUCUACGUUCGCGCAAUAUAGACCUCUCAGAUUCCAUCGUCCUCCCUCCCGCACUGAAGAACAAGGACUUGGACAUCGCAGCCUGGUCCCGAUCUUCCUCCAUCCCACCUACUCCCGCUCUUGAACAAGGAGCGCCUUUCGUCGCCAACAUAUCAUCCGCCGCCACGCUCACCCCAAAUCACAUCCAACGGAGUUUCUCGUCACAACCUCCCUCGCCCAACCCAGAAGCUACUUCGCCCAUGCCCGGAGGCAAAGCAUUAUCUCUAGAUGAUUAUUCAGAGAGAAUGCGCACCGCGGCUGUCAUGCUAGCUCAACUGAACGCCAGUCUCGUAUGGGAUGCAAACCCACCAACAGCGCCGAACCUCAAUCCUAUGGCUGGUUCCAUGCCUGGGUCCAUUAUCCAACCGUCCGAAAGCUCGUCAGGGCCUUUAAGCUGGCUACCCGUGACGAAUUGGUUGUCUAUCACACCACCUUCGCCGAUCGGUGUUAGUCACGGCGCUGUACCCUCGGGUUCGGGUCCCGUCCAUCCAUCACUAGCCCCCAACCCACCGCAAGGGCAUGCGCCCGGAGCUCCUCGAAUGAAACUGCAACCGGCUGAGGCGGCCGCCAUCCGAGACAGAAUUAUGAAGGAGAUGUUGGCGUUGGAGGAAGAGAGGAUGGAGAGGAUGUUGGAGAAUAAGGACGGUGAGGGUGGUAGUGGCAGCGGAGGCGGAGGGAUGAUCGGUGGUGCGGUGAACACGGCGGAGGAUGAGGGUAUUAUUAGGAGGGAGCUGAACAAGGUCGAUCCCUCUGCUGUUGUAUUCAGUGAGUCGUGGGCAGCAAAGAAGAGUCGGGUGAGACAUGGAUCGCCUUAUGGACAUUUAGCUAGUUGGGAUUGUUUGUCUGUCAUCGUCAAAACAGGCGGAGAUCUUCGACAGGAACAGCUGGCUACGCAGCUUAUACAAGAGUUCCGGCGAAUAUGGCAGGAGGAGAACUGUCAGUGCUGGGCGAGGCAUUUCCGUAUUCUCAUCACAGGAGGCUCGUCGGGUCUGGUAGAGACAAUCACGGACGCCGUAUCAAUACACUCGAUAAAGAAAGCGGAAUAUGCACGACGGCUGAACGAUGGACGGUUAGGUCACGUAACUCUUAUGGAUCAUUUCAAGAACACAUACGGCGACCCAUCAUCAGCCAAGUUCGCUCGUGCCCAGCGAAAUUUCGCUAAAUCAUUAGCAGGCUACUCUAUCAUCACCUACCUCCUCCAGAUCAAAGACCGACAUAACGGCAACAUCCUUCUCGAUCGCGACGGCCACCUCAUCCACAUCGAUUUCGGCUUCAUGCUCUCGAACUCGCCGGGUAACAUCGGUUUCGAGGCCGCGCCGUUCAAGUUACCGUUUGAGUAUGUUGAGGUGCUAGGUGGUGUAGAGGGAGAGCCGCUGAAGGAGUUUAGGAGGUUGUUUGGGGAGGGCUUCGAGGCUGCGAGGAAACAUUGUGAUAGGAUUAUCACAAUGGUUGAGCUCAUGCAAAAAGACUCGACGAUGCCAUGUUUCGCUGCGUUCGGCGACCAGACGGCUGCCCAGCUGCGGGAGAGGUUUCAACAAGCCCUCACACACUCACUUGUCGCAGAACAUGUCGACCGGCUCAUCGACACUUCUCUCGGGUCGAACUGGACACGACUGUACGAUUCUUACCAAUAUUAUUCACAGUCCAUUUUAUCUUAGUCCUAUCGUUGGUACCAUACGGCUCUUCUUUUCUUGUCUCUUGUUCGCUCCAUUUUUGGCCAUCCUUAUUUCCUCAAGGACUUUAGGACGUCGGACACGUUCAUACCAUCUCAUUACCGUUCACCUGCCGUCCUUGCAUGUCGCAUACGUCUUUGUAUGUUUCACAACUUCACAGUCACCAUCAUCUUCACCGUCACUUCGCCUUUCGAUGUGUAUACUUCACCUACUCGACGCUUUGUGCACUACGUACACACUUGACACACCACACACCCACG